UUUUUUGUGAAUGUGAUUUUUUAAUUUGUUCGAAAUUUCGAUGAUAGUUGGUUUUAUGCUGUUUUAACAUCCCAGUUUGCAAAAUAUGAGUAAUUUCCAUCUUAGAUUUCUGGGUAUUGUCUAAAAUUCAAUUGCUGUUAACUUACAUAGUGGGCUCUUUGUUUAAUCAAGAAUGACGGCGUCUAUUAACGAAAUUGCUAGCAUUUCCAUUUGUGUUUCAUGUUCUAAUAAAUUUUUUUCAAGAAAUGGUUUUGAAUUAGUUCAUAAUUUCCUUUUCAUUUCCAGGUUAAGGCAGUUUUAGGGGGUAUAGAAUGAGAUGUGUAGUUCUCUGAAUUUUGUAUCAAAGUGGUAGAAAGGAUCUGCAGAUCAGUGUUAUCUGUAGUUUAAUCUGCUAUUUUUUGAAGCCUUUGCUGAAGUGACUUGGAUUUAGCUUGUAAAACCUGAAUUUAGCUGUUGCUGCGGGUCCACUAUAGCACGUAUACAUAGAGAUAGACAUGAAUCUGAGGCACUUCUUUUCAAGACAGACUAUCAAUAAUAUAUCAAAACUCAAUGGUAGAGUGUUUCCUCGAUCCCUUGGUUACCAUAGACAUUGUGCAAUCAUUGCCUCCCGCACAUCCCCUUCGAUUUGUUCACCAGAAAGUUGUGGUGGAUUUUAUAUAGUCUGCAGCCCUAAAUCAAAUUCACAUUUUGGUAGACUUUUUCACACUGCCCAACUAAAUCACUCAUAUAUUGAUUUAGAAACUGAGUCAGAUGAUAAUGCGACCACAAAUGAGUUCCUGUCCAGGUUCGUUUGGAGAAUGAGGCAGAAGCUUUCUGAAGCAUAUACUGACUGUGAUAAGAAAACCAUUGAUGGGAUGCUUUUGAUUAUUGUUCGAAAGGUUGUGUCAGAAAUGGAAAGAGGUAGUUUUGAGCAGAUGGUUGAGGCUUCUUCAUCCGCACCUUCUCAGGAUUUCAGUGAGGAUCUUUGGAGAACAGUGUGGGAGGUUAGCCAUGUGGUUUUGGAAGAUAUGGAGAAAGAAAGGAAGAAGGAGAAAAUGAAGGGUUUUCUUCAGUCUGAGGAAGUUAAGGACAUGUGCAGGUUUGCCGGUGAAGUUGGUAUACGUGGGGAUAUGUUGAGAGAGCUCAGAUUUAAAUGGGCAAGGGAGAAGAUGGAGGAAAGUGAGUUUUAUCAGAGUUUGGAAAAGCUUCGAAAAAUGGAAUCCCAAACUGAAGCCCAACAAGAGCCACUAAAAACAGAAUUCAUGGGUGAAGUACGGGGUAUGAAGGACAAUAAUAAUGAGGCUGAAGAGAAGCCUAAUGUUGUCGAGCUUCCCAAACGACAUGGGAAGAUUAAGUACAAGAUUUAUGGACUUGAUUUGUCUGAUCCUACAUGGGCUGAGGCUGCUGAUAAAAUUCAUGAGAGUGGAGAAGCUAUUUGGCCUCAGGAGCCAAAGCAAAUAUCAGGGAAGUGCGAACUUGUUGAUGAUAAAAUCCUCUCAUUACAAGAGGAUGAUGAUCCUGCUCCACUUUUAGCUGAAUGGAAGGAGCUUCUUCAGCCCAGCAGGAUUGACUGGAUUAAUCUUCUUGACAGAUUGAAAGAACAGAGAUCUCGUGUAUACUUUAAGAUUGCAGAAUUUCUACUCAGUGAAGAGUCCUUCCAGACCAACAUACGUGACUAUUCUAAACUGAUCGAUGGAUGUGCUCGAGAAAAUUGCUUAGAAGAUGCUGAAAGAAUUCUCAAGAAGAUGAAUGAAAAUGGUAUUCUACCUGAUAUUCUAACAUCAACUAUUAUGGUAAGCAUGUACAGUAAAUCGGGAAAUCUUGAUCGAGCAAAAGAAGCAUUUGAAAACUUGAGGAGUCAUGGAUUCCAACCAGACAUGAAGGUGUACAUUUCUAUGAUCAUGGCCUAUGUAAAUGCCGGGCAACCAAAGAUGGGCGAGUCAUUGAUGAGAGAAAUGGAAGCAAGGGACAUGAAACCCACAAAGGAGAUAUUUAUGGCCUUGCUUCAAUCCUUUGCCCAGCGUGUUGAUGUUAACGGAGCCCUACGAAUUUCUUCCACCAUGCAGUUUGCUGGUUUCCAACCAAGUUUGGAAUCCUGUACGUUACUCGUCGAGACCUUUGGUCAAGAUGGUGAUCCUGAUCAGGCUCGGCAUAAUUUUGAUUACAUGAUGAAACUGGGGCACAAACCGGAUGACAGAUGCACUGCUAGCAUGAUUGCAGCUUAUGGAAAGAAGAAUUUUUUGGAUAAAGCUUUAGAUCUUCUACUCGAGCUCGAGAAGGACGGUUUCGAGCCUGGAAUUGCUACUUAUACAGUUCUGGUUGACUGGUUGGCCAAAUUGCUGCUAGUCGAUGAAGCAGAACAGAUAUUGGAUAAGAUUGCAAUGCAAGGGGAGGCGGCUCCACUCCAGGUGCAUAUAAGCCUUUGUGACAUGUAUUCGAGGGCUGGGUCUGAGAGGAAGGCUCUUCAAGCUUUGGGAGUUCUGGAGUCGAAGAAGGAUCAAUUGAGGCCCAAAGAAUUCGAGAGGGUUAUAAAUUCACUUUUAGCUGGUGGAUUUUUACAAGAUGCUCGAAGGAUUCAAGGGUUGAUGGAAGCUCAGGGGUUCCAAGCAUCUGAGCCACUGAAGAUCGCUUUGAUGGCAUCUCAGGCCGUUGGUCGUAAGAGACGAACGAUCAGAUAGUAUAGUUUGCUUAUCUUUGGCCUUUGGUCGUAAACCAUAUUCUUAAGCUCUAGAUUUGUCCUCAACCUUCCUAAUAUAUUUGGUCUACGGUGUUUCUUCUGAUCGUAAUCAUGCUA